UCUUGGCCUGCUGCUGCUGUCCAAUAACAAACCAUGAUCCUCCAGACUGCUGUGCUCAGUGCGCUCCUCUGCUCUGUCCACACUUUUACUUUACAGACCUCAUUUGAAAAGAAUGAGGAAAACUUAGGCAACACCAUUGAAGAUGAUGAUUUCAGUAUCUCCACACUGUUAGAGAAGGCCAAUGCUAAUGUUGGAAAGAACUUUGAUGACCCUCUGGUGUUGUUCGGAGACAUAGCAGUGCCAACAGGUCUACAGAACGCUGAUCCCUGCACUGCUCGAGGCUGCCUUUGGCCUAAAGCCACCGAUGGAAACGUCUAUGUACCUUACCGCAUCUCCAACCAGUACUCCCGAAGAGAAAGAAACGAAAUCAUCCAAGGUCUGCGCUCAUUUGCACCCUCCACCUGCAUCCGCUUCACGCCCCUGAACGGACAGAGCGACUUUGUGGAUAUCCAGUCUCGCUCAGGAUGCUUCUCUUUUGUGGGCCGUCGUGGUCGUGCACAGGUAGUGUCACUGAGUCGCCAGGGCUGUGUUUUCCGACAGAUCAUCCAACAUGAGCUGCUCCAUGCCCUGGGCUUUAACCAUGAACAGACGCGGUCUGACAGGGACCAGAAUGUUCGCAUCCUACUGGAGAAUGUCAUUCCUGGAAUGGAGUUCAACUUCAGGAAAAUCGAUACGAGGAACCUUGGCACUCCCUAUGACUACAACUCUGUCAUGCACUAUGGAAGGUUUGCCUUCUCUAGAAACAGGCAGCCAACCAUAAUUCCCAUUCCCAAUGCGAAUGUAACUAUCGGGAGAGCCACCCAGAUGAGUGCAACUGACAUUCUUCGAGUGAAUCGUCUUUAUCGCUGCAAUACAACUGCAGCCAUGCGUGCACCAAAGCCUGUGCAAAGAAACCAGGUCUUCUAUUAAUGCAAGUAACCAAGAAGUUGCAAAGCCGCUUGACACAGCUUUUAUCUACAACCAGAAAUGCAUCUUGUGUUUCCUUAAUGAGCUACAAUCAGAUUCUUGAUUUAGUUAAUUUUGAUUUUGUGCUUGUCUAAAGAGAAGAGAAUAGUACAUGCAAUGGCACUGUCCAAUUAAAAUGAAUAACUGCUUGCCAGCUUAAUGAAAUACUAAAAAUAAAUAAAGUAUACAUUCAUUCUAA